AACAUUAAACAGUAUAUAUAUAAAAGUAGAUAUGAAACAUAUUUAAAACUAAAAUUGUAUAUUUAUUAAUUUUUUAGUUUAAAACAUUCGCCGACAAAAAUGUUGCUCCGAAAUAAAAUGUUUCUUUCUUUAUUUACCAUUUUUCUAAUUACACCGACAGGAUCAGAAUCCCAAAUAUGUAAAAAAUUUGAGGUGUAUUCAGAAUUUGGUAAUAAAAGUUGUGAGCGCAACUGUAAUAAUUAUUGGCAUGACGAAUUGGACUGUUAUUCGGAUACAGGUGAUUGUCUUUGUAAAGAACCUAAUGUACGCGAUACGCAUACUGAUGAAUGUAUUAGUACAAAUGAAUGUGAAUAUAAAAAAAAUGAAAUUAGUAGAAGAAUUUCAGAAUCUCGAAAAUGUAAUGCAUUUGAAUUUUACAUGCCAAAUGUUGAUAAAAUCAAUGAAUGGACUUGUGAUAAUUAUAUGGAAAAAGACAGGAUAUUAUAUUCAGGUCUAGGAGCAUGUUUUUGUAAAACACCAAAUGUAAGAGAUAAUCUCACCAAUGAGUGUAUAAAUAUAAGGGAAUGUUCAAGAAGAAAAGAAGAAAGAAAUAAAAAAAAAUGUGGAAUGUUUGAAGAGUAUUUAGAAAAAUUUGAUAAACGUAGUGAAAUGACUUGCGAUAAUUUUAUGAACGAUAGAUUAUAUUUAUUGGGCUCAGGGGGCUGUUUUUGCAAAGUGCCAACUGUAAGAGAUGUUGUAACUAAUGAAUGUAUUCUUGUUAGAGAAUGUUUAAUCAGACAAAAGAAAAGCAGUAAUAGCAAAAUAAGUAAUGUAAACCAAGCAAGACCUGGAUUUACAAAGACAAUGAAGAAUUAUUAUUCUAAUGCUAAAAAUAAAGUAAAAUCAUGGUGGAAUAAUUAUAUUGGAUGAAAAAUUUAAUUAUAUUGAAUUUAUUAUAUUGGUAUAUGUUGCUUCUAUAUUUAUUGUAAGCAAUUAAUAAUUUAAAAAUAAACUAUUUUUUUUAAUUAUUUAAUUUAAUUAAUAAAUUAUGAAAGAUUUUUAUAUAUAUAUAUAGAAAUUACAAA